CGUCGUCGCUGCCGCCGCCACCGCUGCCUCCCGAUACCCAGCGCCCGAGGCUCGGACCCGAGGCCGACGCCGGGCGCCCCGCCUCCUGCCCGCCAUGGCUACGCCCCGCGCCCCCAGCGCUUUGGCGGCCGCUGCGCCGGCGUCCGGAAAAGCCAAGCUGACGCACCCCGGGAAGGCGAUUCUGGCAGGAGGCCUGGCGGGCGGCAUCGAAAUCUGCAUCACAUUCCCGACCGAGUACGUGAAGACGCAGCUGCAGCUGGAUGAGCGCUCGAACCCGCCGCGGUACCGGGGCAUCGUGGACUGCGUGCGGCAGACCGUCCGCAACCAUGGCGUCCUGGGCCUGUACCGAGGUCUCAGCUCCCUGCUCUACGGCUCCAUCCCCAAGGCGGCGGUCAGGUUCGGAAUGUUCGAGUUCCUCAGUAACCAAAUGCGGGACUCCAAGGGACGGCUGGACAGCACGCGCGGGCUGCUGUGCGGCUUGGGCGCUGGUGUGGCCGAGGCCGUGGUGAUCGUGUGCCCCAUGGAGACGAUUAAGGUGAAGUUCAUCCACGAUCAGAAUUCCCCCAACCCCAAGUACAGAGGAUUCUUCCAUGGGGUUAGGGAGAUUGUUCGGGAACAAGGACUGAAGGGGACCUACCAGGGCCUAACAGCCACUGUGCUAAAGCAGGGCUCCAACCAAGCCAUCCGUUUCUUUGUCAUGACCUCUCUGCGCAACUGGUACCGAGGGGACAAUCCCAACAAGCCCAUGAACCCACUGAUCACAGGGGUGUUUGGAGCUAUUGCAGGCGCAGCCAGUGUGUUUGGGAACACACCUCUGGAUGUGAUCAAGACCCGGAUGCAGGGCUUGGAGGCACACAAAUACCGGAAUACACUGGACUGCAGCUUGCAGAUCCUGAGGAACGAGGGACUCAUGGCAUUCUAUAAGGGCACUGUCCCCCGCCUGGGCCGGGUCUGCUUGGAUGUGGCCAUUGUGUUCGUCAUCUAUGAUGAGGUGGUGAAGCUGCUCAACAAAAUAUGGAAGACAGACUAAAUCCAGAGACUGGGGGGACUCCCAGACGCUCCAGACCAAGCUCCACCACUGUGUCUCUUAUGAUUCCAGUGCAGUUGUGCCAAAAGGACCCCUUGUCCCUUGAGCUCCGUGGCGUGGUCUGUUUGUGGUGGCCAUGAUGUGUUCCAUAGUGUUGUGUCUCCCCUGUGGUCUGUUUGUAAUACCACCCUUGUGUCCAUGUGUCUAGUCCAGCUAUGGCAAGUGCCCCUCUGGCCUGUGAAUCUGUGCCCUCUUAUUCAUGUGCUUACUCGUGAGCCAUGUGCUUGUGUUCCGUGUUCUGUGUCACAUGACCCUGUGCCCCACUACCCAGGGUGCCCGUGUGGCCUAGGUCCUCGGCCUUGUAGCCAUAUUCCGGUCACAGUCCGGUGCCUUCCACCCUGGGUGGCAGGAGCACCUUGCUCUGGCCUACCACAGCUGCCUCCGGGCUUCAGCCUGGCCUCGCCGCAUUCCAGGGGCUAUAUGCCCUCUGCUUCUCCCGCCAUUGGCCUUAAUUGGCCCUCGGGCCCUCCCUCCGCCCGGGACAGGGUGGCAUCUGCCACUCUCAGGACCACCCUGCCAAGGCAGAAUAAACUGGAUCCUGUUGUA